CGCGCCCAGGCUCUCUUUAGCUGUCUCUUUAGGUCCUGGUGGUGGCGGCGGUGGCGGCGGUGGCGGCGGCUGUGGUGGGGGCUGGAGGUCGUCUGGGACAAGUUCCCCCGGGCGCUCCCCCAUGGAGGAAGCGGUGCGCACGGCUGCAGCCCUGGAUGCUCACACCUCCCGCUGGACGGAGACGAAGGCGGUGGCCGCGCGAGCUCAGGAGCGGGUAGCCGGAGCGGCCUGUGUGGGGGUGUGAGCAGAGGUGACCCGGGCCGGAUAGCGGAGGGGAAGCCGCGCGGCGGGCCAGCCAACUUCGAUUUGAAGACUGCAUCAUCCUGCCUCCAGCACCAACAGUUUCUCUGUUCUUGAUCAAUGUGAUUCACAGUAGCUUUUUAAGUAACAAGCGAAAUGAGCCAGGGGCAUGGAAAGUAUGACUUUUAUAUUGGUCUGGGAUUGGCUAUGAGUUCCAGUAUUUUCAUUGGAGGGAGUUUCAUUUUGAAAAAAAAAGGCCUUCUGCGACUUGCCAGAAAAGGCUCCAUGAGAGCAGGUCAAGGUGGCCAUGCAUAUCUCAAAGAAUGGUUGUGGUGGGCCGGACUGCUAUCAAUGGGAGCUGGCGAGGUGGCCAACUUUGCUGCAUAUGCCUUUGCACCAGCCACCCUAGUGACUCCAUUAGGAGCACUCAGUGUCCUAGUAAGUGCCAUUCUUUCUUCCUACUUUCUAAAUGAAAGACUUAAUCUUCAUGGAAAAAUUGGAUGUUUGCUAAGUAUUCUGGGGUCUACAGUUAUGGUUAUUCAUGCUCCAAAAGAAGAGGAGAUUGAGACCUUAAAUGAAAUGUCUCACAAGCUAGGAGAUCCAGGUUUUGUGGUCUUUGCAACACUUGUGGUCAUUGUGUCCUUGAUAUUAAUCUUUGUGGUGGGACCUCGGCAUGGACAGACAAACAUUCUUGUAUAUAUCACAAUCUGCUCUGUAAUUGGAGCAGUUUCAGUCUCCUGUGCUAAAGGCCUGGGCAUUGCUAUCAAAGAGCUGUUUGCUGGAAAACCUGUGCUACAACAUCCCCUGACCUGGAUCCUGCUGCUGAGCCUUAUAGUCUGUGUAAGCACACAGAUUAACUACCUAAACAGGGCCCUGGACAUAUUCAACACUUCUAUCGUGACUCCAAUAUAUUAUGUGUUCUUCACAACAUCAGUUUUAACUUGUUCAGCUAUUCUUUUUAAGGAGUGGCAAGAUAUGCCUGUUGAUGAUGUCAUUGGUACUCUGAGUGGCUUCUUUACAAUCAUUGUGGGAAUAUUCUUGUUGCAUGCCUUUAAAGACGUCAGCUUUAGUCUCUCAAGUCUGCCUGUGUCUUUUUGGAAAGACGAAAAAGCAGUGAAUGGCAGUCUUUCUAGUAUGUAUGAAGUUCUUAAUAAUAAUGAAGAGAGCUUAACCUGUGGAAUUGAACAACACACUGCUGAAAAUAUCUCCCGAAGAAAUGGAAAUCUGACAGCUUUUUAGGAAGAAAGAUGUAAUUAAUCUGUAACUGUUAUAAAAAAGUGAAUCUGAGUAUCAGAAUGUGUCUGAAAAAGCAUUGCUCUCAAAUGAUGAUGUUCUCUAGAGACAAUCUUUUUUUUUUUUUUUUUAAGGUUUCACUAAUUUGGACCAAGAAAUUACUUAUGUUUAAAUGAUGACUCAAUACAUGGCCAAUUUCUAUUAACACUGUAUUAUUGUAGAGUUAUUUUAAAUUUUCCUUCACCAAAAUCUAAAUGCAGUAAUGACAGUUUUAGGUCUAUAAAAAGGCUUUUUUUCCCCACUGGUAAUGAAAGUCUGAAAUGUACAUUUUUCAUGCCCAUUCUUAUCAAUCCCUGAUCAUUUUAAGGCUUUUUGAUUAAAACAAAAACAAAACUAACUCAAUACUUUAUCCUGUAAUUUAUCUUACCUAUAAAAAUGACUCCUAUUUAAUGAAUUAUUUAAAUUUUGAACUAUGAAUUUAAGAGACACCUAAAUUAUUAAAUGAAGGAAACUUACAAACAAAAAAAGGUAGGAAAUCACUGCAUGGAAGUACUUCUCAGGCUGGGAGUUGCCACCAUGAACAUUUGAUGGCCUUCCUAGAUGACACUUUGUUAAAUCAGCACAUCCUUUGUCAGACUACAGCCUGGCUGGCUUUCUUCUUCAGUUACUCUAAUCCCUUGAUGGCUGGACCCUUGAUUACCAUUUUACAUCAGCUCUUGUACUUUUCCAUUUAUUUUCGUAAUGAGUUACAUUGUCAUUUAGCUCUUCUAACAACACUGGAAAAUAAAGUCAGAAGACUAGGAUAAAUUCUUAAAUUUAGCUCACGUUGAAAUAAAACUGAAAAGAUCUCAGUCUGAAUGUUUAGAACAAAUGGUGUUUGUAAAACAUAAUUUCUUUGUAGCACUUAUUUUUGCUUAAGAGUUUGGACGACUAUUUUGGUUUUGUUAAAAUGUCCGUGAAAAAAAUGUUUACAGAAAACAUCAAACCUGUGCAAAAAAUAACAGUGUAAUGAACCUCUGUCCAGCUUCAAAACCUGUCAUCAAUUGGCCUCAAAAAUACAACUCAUUCCCACCUAGGUAGGAAGAACUUAGGCCUGUUUCCAUUCUGUUGGUCCUGCCCACAGUCACAAAGCUUGGUCUACUGUGUAAGUAGCCACCCAUGGGAGGUUCACUGUUCACUGGCCUUACCAAGGCAGAGUUGACAUUUUUCCAGGUCUCUGAAACAUGUUCCAUUUUCCCAAUAUUUUAUUAUUGAUCUUCUAAGGAGCCUCUGUAGACAUUUUUUUCCUAACUGCCUCUCUCCAUGUAAUUUUAAUACCACAGAUAUACUCUAUAUUUGUUUAUGUACAAAACCGUAACUAUAUCUGUGUUUUGUACACAACAGAUGAAAACCAAUUUUCACCCCUUUGGGUGUGAUAUUGCCCUCAUUGAGAAUGCAUAGCUUUAUAGUAAUAAAUUUGUAAUUAUUUAACAUC